GUGAUCUUAGACUUUAGCCGAGAUUUUAUCUUUUUUUUUCCCAUGUUUGUGGCUUUUGGAUUCUAAAGAACCUUUUAAGUCAUGUUAAUGGGAAAAGGUGAUGCUCUGAAGAUGGUGCCAUAGGGGCAGUAAGAUUUUAUUUGAUUAGAUUUGGAGUGAAUUUGUUUCUCUGCGAUCAGUCUAGUUUUGUUCAGUAGAAGUAAUACUAGAUUCUUACUUAUUUGAUUUGGUUUUUAGCAGAAGGGAAAUGGCAAGGGAGAUUUCUACAUGAAAAAAAACUAAUGCCUGAUGCUGAGAUCCAGCACUCUUUGAAACAAGAGAUUCUGCAACUUGAAAAACGACUGCAGGAUCAGUUGAUGGUGCGUGGUACUCUAGAAAAAGCAUUGGGAUUUAGGUGUUCAGCUCUUGAUUCUUCGAAUGAUAGUUUGAUGCCAAAGCCUGCCAAGGAACUGAUAAGGGAGAUUGCUGUGUUAGAGUUAGAAGUUACACAUUUGGAGCAAUAUCUGCUGUCACUCUAUCGAAAAGCUUUUGAUGAACAAGUAUCCACAGUAUCUCCCUCUGCUGUUGGAGAGAGAGCAAAAAAGCUAUCAAGCACCCAACCAGGUCCAUCUCAAGAAGCUGAAAAGCAUGACAUAUCAUAUAACAGGGGAAAUCCAGCAGUUCAAUCUAGUCGGAUACAGCUCCCUCGAGAGUGGGCUACCAAUGCAGAGAACGAAGCUUACGAGGUCAAGUGCCAGGAAAAGCUAGCUGGUCCUGGUGUUCAUCGGAGUCAUUCCUCGCUUUCACAACGUGCAGUUUAUUCAGCUAGGAUAUCACCUUCAGAAGAAAGUCUAGCUAGAGCUCUUCGCUCAUGCCAUUCUCAACCUUUAUCAUUUCUUGAGGAAGAACAGAAUGCUACUUCAGGGGUGAUAAGCUUAGCAGAAUAUCUUGGUACCAAUAUCACGGAUCAUGUUCCCGAGACUCCUAAUAAACUCUCUGAGGAUAUGGUUAGAUGCAUGAGUGCCAUAUAUUGCAAACUUGCUGACCCUCCUUUAGUUCAUCAUGGACUCCCCUCUUCUCCUACUUCAUCCUUUUCAUCAAUGAGUGCAUUAUCUCCUCAGUAUUUGGGGGAUAUGUGGAGUCCUGGCUAUCAAAGAGAAUCUACUCUAGAUGCUCGUUUAAUAAAUCCUUUCCGAGUUGAAGGUUUAAAAGAGUUUAGUGGACCAUACAAUGCGAUGGUGGAGGUGCCUUUGAUAUGUAGAGAUCGUCGGAGGUUGAAAGAUGUUGAAGACUUGCUACAGAAUUAUAAGUCCAUCAUUCAACGAUUGGAAACAGUUGAUCCAAGGAAGAUGAAGAAUGAAGAAAAGCUUGCCUUCUGGAUCAACAUACAUAAUGCCUUAAUGAUGCAUGCAUAUUUAGAAUAUGGCAUUCCACAAAAUAAUGCAAAAAAAGCAUCACUUCUCAUCAAGGCUGCGUUCAUAGUAGGCGGCCGCUCUGUAAGUGCAGCAACAAUACAGGGUUCAAUUCUAGGAUGCCGUUCAAAUUGUCCCGGGCAGUGGCUUCGGACAUUUCUCUAUCCAAGGAUGAAGUAUAAAGUUGGAGAUGAGUGGCAAGCCUAUGCAAUUGAGCAACCAGAACCUCUCCUACGCUUUGCACUUUGUUCUGGAAGUCAUUCUGAUCCUGCGGUCCGGAUAUAUACAUCCAAGAGAUUGUUCCAACAGCUGGAAGCUGCGAAAGAAGAAUUCAUUCGAGCAUCCGUCGCUAUUUGGAAGGAGCAGAAGAUCCUUCUGCCAAAGGUUAUCGAUGCGUAUGCGAAAGACACAAGAUUAAGUUCACAGGGUUUGGUAGACAUGAUUCAAUGCUAUCUUCCAGAGACUCUUAGGAUGGCCAUGCAGAGAUGCCAACAAGGAAGAGCAAACAAGGUCAUCGAGUGGAUACCUUACAAUUUCACAUUUCGGUAUCUGCUAUCAAGAGAAUUAGCUUUUCCUCACAUUAACUGACAAAAUACAUCUUUAAGAGAGGGGGAAAAAAAGGCUUGGGAGUUUGUGGAUUAGAUUGGGAUGAGUUGAUUGUUUAUUUUCUUCUUUCUUUUUUAAUUUAUUUUUUUUGGGUACAAUUAGGGUUGAUAUAUGUGUACAUAAAGCCUCACUAAGCUGUAUUAUUUGUAUAUAAAUGAAUGUUUAAAUCAAUUAAACUUCAUGGAACUUUGAUA